CACACACACACACACACAUACACACACAGCUUGCAGCUGUUGGGAAAUAACCGUGUCUGUGCGGAUUGGUCAUGCUUCAACCGAAAAUUGGAAGACUAGCGAACACUCCACUGAGAUUAUACAGGGUAGAGUGGCUGUGAGUCUUGCUUCACAAUGGGGGACUUCCAUCAGUAUGAUCAGGACUUUUAUCAGACAGGUUAUUACGUAGACGACCAAGGCCAGGUGGCCUACAGCUACGACCCCAACUACGCGUUGAGUCCCGAGCACCAGGAGGGGGAGGAUGUGUAUGACCCCUCGAUGGACACAGCUUACACUGGGCAGGUCUUUCAGCCUGGGGUGCCUCCUGGAAUGGACUACACAGCAACUGGAGACGGCUAUGACGUAGAGCCCCCUCUGCUGGAGGAGCUGGGCAUUAACUUUGAGCACAUCUGGCAGAAGACCCUGACCGUGCUGAACCCAGUGAUGCCAGCCGACGGCAGCAUCAUGAAUGAGACGGACCUGACUGGGCCUGUGCUGUUCUGCAUCGCUCUCGGAGCCACCCUGCUCAUGGCGGGCAAGUCUCACUUUGGCUAUGUGUACGGCAUCAGUGCUGUGGGGUGUGUGGGGAUGUACUUGCUGCUGAAGCUCAUGAGUGACUGCGCGGUGUCCUGUGGCUGCGUGGCCAGUGUGCUGGGGUACUGCCUCCUCCCCAUGGUGGCGCUGUCUGCAUUCGCAGUCUUUUUCUCCCUACAAGGGCUGAUGGGUAUGUUCCUCGCCGUGCUUGUGAUUGGCUGGUGCAGUCACUCUGCCGCCAAGAUCUUCAGCAGCACUCUGGAACUGACUGGACAGCAGCUACUGGUAGCCUAUCCCUGUGCGCUGCUCUACGGCGUAUUUGCCCUUCUCUCAGUCUUCUGACCAAUCCCGUCGGCUCUUUUUGUCUUAUCGUCUGUCAUUACAUCAGCGUCUGCCCACCAACUGACCCGGCAGUGACCUAUCAAAGGAUUACAGACGGCAUACCCUCCUUUGUUGUAAAUAUAGCCCUGUUUUGAUUAAUGAUGAAAUGAUGAAUAAAUCAUGAUAACAAACAAUAGCAUCUGUGGAAGAGUACAGCCUCGCGGAGACAAAUAUAAACUGCCAAACAGGCUUAAUAAUUGAGAGGAACUUAAGCUGUCUGAUCCCAUUAACUAUUUAUAUGUGCACUGAUAUGGUACCAUGACAUGGUGUGUGUGUGUGUGUGUGUGUGUGUGUGUGUGUGUGUGUGUGUCUGUGUCUGUGUGUGUGUGUGUUUGUGUUUUUGUGUGUUUGUGUGCAGGUGUAUGCACACAGGUGUAUCUAAUCUAUGCACCAUUGCCUCCCUAAAAGAGCAUGUACACUGAUACCUCUUAAAUGCUACAGUAAUAUCGCUGAUGGGCUUUUUAGCCCAGCCGGAGCAAAGAGCAUGUCAGGGAACAUGACAGCUCCUGUUUAGGAGUCGCCCCUGGCAUGGUAAAUACAGUCUCUUGACCCUGUCAGUGUAUCUAUAGAUCAGUCUUCCACUACAGCUCACAUACACAGGAAGGUUAGGUGUGUGCAAAUGUGCAGAACUUUUGAUGGUGUUCACUGGGUGGUGACCAGAAGGUUACAGCUAUGUUGUUAGUUGGCAAAUUAGAAUUUAUUUUGAAAGCACAAAUAAGGACACAAAGUCUUACAUAAUUAAAUGAUUUCCUUGUCAAUUAUCAAGACAGAUCCUGGAAGUACUAUAGCUACUAGCUACUGUAGCUAUUAUUUGUGUGAUUCAUAUUCAUGGUGAUAUAUAAAUAUGUACUUUCAUAUACUUUUUAAUGUCUCUCCCCAAUGUAUUGCUCAAAGGAGUGUACCUCAGACUUCUGUCUGCAAAACUCUUUUACAAUAAAAAAAAUCGAUUGAUUGAU